CGCAGCGCAUGCUCCAGCUGGCCCUUCUCGGCGUCUCCCCCAUCCCCUCCCGUCGUCUCCGGCUCUCCGCCUCGGCGCCUCCCCUCCUCUCCGCAUCAGAUACCCGCACAAACCGAGCCAAAACCACGGGGGGAAAGGAGAAGCCGUCAGCGCCAUGGCGAUCUCCACCUGGAGCGCGCGCCUCCUCCUCACCCCUGCUCCCUCCCGCGCCGUCCCACUCCCGGCUCCCCCUCGCCCUGCCGAGAACCCGACCCGCGCCCCCUCCAUUUCAGUCUCCCGCCGCCGCCUCCACCUCGCGCGCCCCCGCCCGCCGCGGGCCUACAUCUCCGCGCCGGCGCCGGGCCCUGAGGCCGCCUACGCGCCGCCCUCCCUCGACGCGGCGGCGGCGGCGGCCGACGUCGCCGCCGCGAUCUCGUCCUCCGACGCCGUCACCUGGGCGGGCGUCUGGGCGCUCCUCUCGCGCCACAGGGCCCGCAUCGCGGUCUGCCUCGCGGCGCUCGUCGCCUGCACCACCUGCACCCUCUCCAUGCCGCUUUUCUCAGGCAGGUUCUUCGAGACGCUGAUUGGGCGGGGGAAAGAGCCACUGUGGAGGCUCCUGUCCAAGAUAGCCGUGCUGUACACGCUGGAGCCCAUCUUCACAAUCAUAUUUGUGAUCAACAUGACCGUCAUCUGGGAGCAGGUUAUGGCCAGGUUGCGGAGCCAGAUAUUUCGGAGGAUUCUCAUCCAAAAGAUGGUGUUUUUUGAUCGCCACAAGGUUGGUGAAUUGACCGGCUUGUUGACAUCUGAUUUGGGUUCCUUGAAGAAUCUUGUAAGUGACAACAUAUCCAGAGACCGGGGACUAAGGGCACUCUCUGAGAUCACCGGUACACUUUGUAUACUUUUCACACUAUCUACUGAGCUAGCUCCUGUUCUCGGGCUCCUAAUGGUCUCCGUCUCCGGGCUAGUUGCUCUUUUCAAGAGGUCAACUGUUCCCACUUUUAAAUCUUAUGGAAUCGUGCAAGCACAAAUAUCAGAUUGUGCAUCAGAGACAUUCUCAGCUAUUCGUACAGUUAGGUCUUUUGGCGGUGAAAAACGUCAAAUUUCUUUCUUUGACAAUUUGGCACGUGCUUACCAAAAUAGUGGCACAAAAUUAGGAGUGCUGAAAUCUGCUAAUGAAUCAUUAACUCGUGUAGUGGUUUAUGUAUCCCUAAUGGCGCUUUAUGUUCUUGGUGGAAGCAAGGUCAAUGCGGGAAAAUUGUCAGUUGGAACCAUGGCAUCUUUUAUUGGUUACACCUUCACGUUAACCUUUGCUGUUCAAGGAGCUGUUAAUACCCUUGGUGAUCUACGCAGCACACUGGCUUCUAUAGAGAGAAUAAAUUCUAUUCUGUCAGCAAAGGACAUUGAUGAUUCACUUGCAUAUGGUUUAGCCAAAGAACUCGAUAGCAAAGAGAUUGGAGAUUCCAAUGGUGGACUGUAUGAAAAUGGAUCUGUUAACAAACAUUUCAUGUCAGAACUGAAAUCAUCGAGUAGCUGUAGUAAUCUAGCCUGGUCUGGUGACAUUCAUCUGAAAGAUGUCCAUUUCUCUUAUCCACUGAGAUCUGAUGUGGAGAUUUUGAAUGGCCUUGAUCUUAUGAUUGAGUGUGGGAAGGUCACAGCACUUGUAGGGCCUAGUGGUGCUGGGAAAAGCACUGUGGUGCAACUUCUUGCACGGUAUUAUGAGCCAACUCAAGGCUGCAUCACUGUGGCAGGAGAAGACAUCCGCAUUUUUGACAAAAGAGAAUGGUCUCGAGUGGUAUCUCUAGUAAAUCAGGACCCAGUCCUAUUCUCGGUGUCUGUCGGAGAAAAUAUUGCUUAUGGUCUCCCAGAUGACGUUGUCUCCAAGGAUGAUAUAAUAAAAGCUGCUAAAGCUGCCAAUGCUCAUGAAUUUAUCAUUUCUCUUCCACAGGGGUAUGACACUCUUGUUGGUGAACGAGGCAGUCUCCUAAGUGGGGGACAGAGACAGAGAAUUGCAAUUGCACGAGCCCUUCUGAAAAAUGCUCCUAUUCUAAUACUUGAUGAGGCUACUAGUGCACUGGACGCGACAAGUGAGCGGCUUGUGCAGGAAGCUCUCAAUCUUUUGAUGAAGGGAAGGACUUCUCUGGUGAUUGCCCACAGGCUAAGCACUGUGCAGAAUGCACAUCGAAUUGCUGUUUGCUCAGCGGGCAAGAUAACUGAACUGGGGACACACGCCGAACUGGUUGCUAAGGGAGGCAGUUACGCAUCACUUGUCGGGACACAAAGGCUUGCUUUUGAGUAAUAAUACUUCAACAAACGAGUAACAGAGGUCGGACAACGCAUUUGGUGUAAUCUGGAAGUCACACGCGAUCAGGAGGGGAACGAUGCGCCUGUGUUUCAAUGGCGCCGGCAGUAGCUGGGCGAUGUCGCCGUUGGUGAGGUGGCAGAGGCAGGUGAGCAUGGCCGCGUCCUUGUAGAAUGGGUCGAAGGCGGCGCAGCACUCGCUCGAGGGCGCGAAGACGCCGCUGUCGGUGAGGAAGCCCGCGCAGGGCGUCAUGUUCUUCAGCGACGACCGGCACUCCGUUACCUCCGGCGGUGGUGGCGGGGAGGGUGUUUUGUAGCAGGGGAUCAGCGGGAUCUUCGGGAACAGCGGAGGGCAAGGAAGCAGCGCCGGAAUUGGUAGGUCAGGGAUACUGAACUCGGCCUCCGGGUGCAGAACCUCGCUGUUGGCCGGUGAUGGAGCGGUAGCCGUGCCUUCGGCUCUGAUCGCCGCCAGGUUGGGCGUGACCACGGAGAAGCCGACGAGCAAGAGGAUCAGGGAGCACUUAUUGGAAGGAGCCAUCGCGUUGGGAUCAGCCUAGGGGCAAGGCAACGUCGACGAUGAUGAAUUUAUAGGGAUGCAUGGACUGGUGUUGACUUUGACGUAGAGAAUCUAAACCGAACUGCGCCGUACAGUCUCUCGCCGGCUGUUUAUAUCGAGUUACUGGCCGUCUAGUCUGUUGAGUUUGUUAGCUGUAACAAGAAGUGGAAUUGAUCUUCUCGAUCCUACUGAUCUGAUUGAAUCGCA